UCAAUAUUUAUGAUUACACCAAAUAUGUCUGCGCCCUUACGCCAGGACGAAUGUCAAAUAUAUUUAUGAUUUAAACGCAUUUUCUCGAAUGAGAAAUAGAGAAAAUGGCUGAAGAGCACAAUAAAUCGAAUGCCUCCACAAAAACGGAGGCAAAGGAACCUGGUUUGAGAGGCGUUAAAACCACGAAUAUCUUCAGAAUGGUGAACUUCGAAUUGUUCGCAAAACCUAAUAAAAGGGUGAUGGGACUUGGAGGAUUUGCAUUCCUAGCUGCUUGUGGAUAUAUAUUAUAUAUCAGACUAACGGACGAGUAUAAAGACGUUCCAACUUACACUACUAUCAGUGAUGAUGGUUCAUUAACAAGGAGAGUGAAACACUCAAAAUGGGAUUGAUUUAUAUUAUUCAACAGAAAUUGUGAUAAUAUCAUUUAAUUAGAUGUUAGCGUGAAACAGCUUUUGAUUUGUGUUUUUAAAAAUUUAAAAGACAGAACUUUGAUACAUACAGCAAGAACAUGUUUUUAAGUCUUUGUAAAGAGAUCUUUAUAAAUAUAAGGCAGUACUGUUUGUUAUAAAACAAUGCACUCUGUUUUCAAACAGAUACUUCAUGCCUUACCUGCAGGUAGUUCUAUGAAAAUGGGGCCAAUUAUUUUGUAUUUUUGUGUUGUUUUUAAUGCAUUAUGAGUUCUAUAACUGAGAAUAAUGCAAGGAUUUUUUUGGUUUUUGCAAGUAUGUGGAACCUGUGGCUUCUGUAUUUGGCCAUUUUAACAAAGAGCAUAUCAGUUUUACAAUUUCACCAGUAUCUGUUAGAUAAUACAUGCAUGAAAUCAAAUACGGUCAAGUGUGUAUGUGAGAGUCAAAACUGGUGUUUAUUUGCAUGAGGUCUUUAUUCACAUAUUGAAAUACACUGAAAAUGUAUAAACCCAAAAUGAAAUCAUUGGUCUAUAGUAAAGACUGACUGUACAUCUAGUCAUACGAAAUGUUUUAAGCUGUAUUUUGGUAAGAAGUGAUAUAAAUGUCUGCAAGAAAAAAUGAAA